UCCCCGAGUGCACACCACAGAACCCGGGUGCUACUUCUUGAAAGCCAAGGAGAAGAUGAGUAUUGAUUGAUUGAAUACUACUCACAGAUAGAAGUGUGCAUCGUUUGCUUUGAUGAUGAACGAUACUCGAUAAUACCUUCCGAACGCACAUCAUGGCCGCUCAACGAACAUGUUUCUUACGCUCUUUUCCACUCCUACGCUUUCAGCGGUCGGCCCGGUUACAUAGAACACCCUUUGCACUAGCUCACGUGCCCAGGUGCUGCCAACGACACAAUAGCACCGACGCCGAGGCGCAGCGACCUGCAAGCCAGGCAACCUUGCCCGACCAGCCCACAGAAUCCUCCCAUCUCAAUCCCUUACCCGACGACUACUCGCGGUUCAUAUUCCAAGACAAGUGUCGCUCGACGAUAUGGUCGGGCUCCGGCGGAGACGGAUGCGUCUCAUUUCUUCGGGAGAAAUAUGUCGAAGAGGGCCCGCCGAACGGUGGCGACGGCGGUAGCGGUGGAAGCAUCUACAUCCAGGCCGUUGAAGGGCUGACCAGCUUACACAAACUCGCCCGGCGAGGGGUCAUCAAGGCGGGUCGGGGCAGAAAUGGACAGGGAAAGAGCAAGGGCGGCAAACGCGGCGAGGACGUACUCCUUCAGGUCCCUGUCGGUACGGUCGUACGUGAAGUCGAUCGGUACGACCCAGUGACGGAGGAAGAAAUACGCCAGCGGCACGAGCGCGCCAUGGAGAACGAAGAACCGGAGGAGGGCCUCGGUAUAACCUCGAUUCGCCGCGAUCGCUGGGUCCUGUACCCCGGAGCCAAUCCGUCCGAUUACCUGACUACGAUGUUUCCGAAAAGUUCGCCGCGGCGACAGCAUAUCGCCUCGCUGGAGCCCAAAGCGCCCAUCAACCUUGACCUCUCAAGCCAUAUGGAUAAGCCGAUGUUGCUCUCGGCAGGUGGUGUGGGAGGGAUGGGUAACCCGCACUUCGCGCACCGUGCAAUGAGCCGACCGAAAUUUGCGUCUAGAGGAGAAGGUGGCAAGCGCCUGGAGCUUGAAUUCGAACUCAAGCUCCUUGCGGACGUCGGACUCGUUGGGAAGCCUAAUGCUGGAAAAAGCACCUUGCUUCGCUCAUUGACCAACAGUCGCACACGGGUUGGUAAUUGGGAAUUCACGACGCUUGAACCAAACAUCGGCACGGUUGUCAUUGAUAAUCAUAAGGGGAGACCUCUGGUCGAGUUGGAGGGCAGAAAACCACGGACCAACUUCACCAUUGCCGAUAUCCCUGGUCUGGUCGAGGGCGCUCACCUUGAUCGGGGCUUGGGACUGGGUUUCCUGCGCCAUAUCGAACGAGCUGGCAUCCUUGCUUUCGUCGUCGAUCUCAGCGUUGGUGAUCCUAUUCAAGGUCUCAAGAACCUAUGGCUUGAGCUCGGUGAAUUUCAACGGAUGCGCGAAGCAGAGCAUGCGCUGAAAGUUCAGGAAAUGCUUGCAUGGCCUCCACCAGUAGACGAGCUACCGGAUUUCUUCUCCGAGGAAGAAGCGCCAGAACCUACUUACGUGGCUCCUAGCACUGCUAGCUCUACCGCGAAGCAAGAGCUUGAUCCUCUCCCCGAGCUUAAAAUGCCACCCAUCCAUACCAAGCCUUGGUUUGUCGUGGCCACAAAAGCGGAUCUUCCAGAAACCCAGGAGCAGUUUCAAGCGUUGCGGAGAUAUCUCGCAGCUGUUGAGAAGGGAGAAGCCGAUCAUCCGGGAGGCUUGCAGGAAGGGUGGAAAGAGAGAAUCUGCGCUGUCCCUGUCAGCGCCAUCAACGGUGAAGGCGUUGCUCGUAUUCCCCGAUUAGUGAUGGAAUUAUUGGGUUGAUUGUUAGGUGCACGUUGGUGCCGAUGUAAAGUAUAGCAUGCCAACCGGCCGAAGCCAUGUAAAUAUAGCAUCAGUUGUGAAUG